CAUCCCCGGACGCUGGUUCCCCUCGGUCACUGCAAUAACACACGGAGAAUAUGGACUCCGCUGCAAGACUCAAGAAGGCAAAAGACAUGACGCUUAAAAGGCCUGAACUCAAAUUGAGUAGUGAAGGACCAAAGCGGAUUCCUGUGUCACAACACUCGCAGGUGGGUGUCGUUACACCAACUCCACAGCAGCGAGUCCUGGGUGUGUCAAAUGGACCUCAGCGUAUUCAGCGGCCUGUUAGUACUCAGAAACCUGUGUCUCACGUCCCCGUUGCUAUCAAAUCUACAAAGCUCUCUGAUCAGAAUAUGAACCCCAUUACAAGGAAUGUAAAUCCUGCAUCUCAGUCCAAAACUGGUUCCGGGCAAAACCAGCCAAAGCCAAGUGUGGCCAAGAUGAAGCAGGAGCUGGUCAAACCGCCGGUAGAAUCGGCAAAGCUGGAGAAGCCACUGAACAAACCUGCCAUGAAAGAAUCUGGAGAUAUCUCCUCAUCAAAGUGUGUGAAGCGAUGGAGCCUGGAAAAUUUUGACAUUGGCCGUCCCUUAGGAAAGGGUAAAUUUGGAAACGUCUACCUGGCAAGAGAGCGACAGAGUAAGUUCAUCUUGGCCCUGAAGGUGCUCUUUAAGAAGCAGCUGGAGAAGGCCGGGGUGGAACACCAACUGAGGAGAGAAGUGGAGAUCCAGUCUCACCUCAGGCACCCCAAUAUCUUGCGUCUCUAUGGCUACUUCCAUGACACAUCGAGAGUGUAUCUCAUUCUGGAGUUUGCACCCAGAGGAGAACUGUACGGUGAGCUGCAGCGCUGUGGAAACUUUCCUGAGGACAGAAGUGCUACGUACAUCAUGGAGCUGGCAGACGCCCUCAACUAUUGCCACACGAAGAAGGUGAUCCACAGGGACAUCAAACCAGAGAACCUGUUACUGGGGGCUAAUGGGGAGCUGAAGAUUGCAGAUUUUGGCUGGUCUGUUCACACACCCUCCUCCAGGAGGUCCACCCUGUGUGGAACACUGGACUACUUGCCUCCAGAGAUGAUUGAGGGAAAAACUCAUGAUGAGAAGGUCGACCUGUGGAGCUUGGGUGUCCUCUGCUUCGAGUUCCUGGUUGGAAAACCCCCCUUUGAAACAAAAAGCCACGAUGAAACCUACCGCAGGAUAUCAAGAGUGGAGUACACAUUCCCUGCACAUUUCAAUAUCAGUGAUGGAGCCAAACACCUGGUUGCUCAGCUGUUGAAGCACAACCCCUUGCACAGACUGCCCGUCCAGGGCGUCUUGACCCACCCCUGGGUUGUCGAGUGCUCGACCAAGAAGCCCACAACUCUGAACGGCGAAGAGCCCAGCCAAUGAGCCUCCUUUGUGUUGUUGUCGGUUACUGGCUGGUGCGGAGCAUGAACGCCACUGUGCAGCUGAUUCGAAGAAUCUGCUUGUCCUCCCACUACUUGACUUUCAAAUCACUUCAUGGGGCUGUUUUAGUCAGCAGAGCUUUUGAGCGACCUGGUUUUACCUUCUUCUCCUUCUGAGUUUCUCUGUCUUAAUAAUGGCACCUGUUGCCUGUACAUAUUUAACUGUUUUUGUACAAUUAUGAAAUUUUUAUUUUGUUUCUAAAAAGCUAUUACUUGAAUUAAAA